GCCUCCAUUUUGGUCGGUGUCGGGGGAGCUGCUGAAGAGAUUUGUGUGUGCCCGCGCGUGCUGCUGCUGCCGAGGACUCUUGUUCCGUCUCCGCCGUCCCUGCUUGCUGGCUGGCUUCUUCCCGUCACAAGUGGCGUUCUUUUUCUCACGCCGACGCUGCGUCCGUGGCUGGGAGGCGGAGACGGCUGCGGGGAAGCGAUGGCGGCCGAGAGCCGGGAGGAAAAAGAUGGUGAAUUGAAUGUUCUGGAUGAUAUCUUGACUGAUGCACCUGAUCAUGAUGAUGAACUGUACAACCCCGAUAGUGAGCAAGAUAAAAGUGAGAAAAAGGGAUCCAAAAGGAAAAGUGAGAGGAUGGAGACAGCUGACAGUAAAAAACAGAAGCCCUCUGUGCAUUCCUCAAGACAGAUACUACCCAAGCCUCCAAGUUCAUCCGUUAGCAACAACAAGAGAAUAGUGAACACAAAAGGAAAGCCGGUACUGGAAUACAAGAAUGAGGAAUAUCAGAGGUCUGAUAGGAACAAGCGCCCAGAAAGUGAUAGAAAGACACGUAUGACGAGCAGCAGCUGUAGGGACCUCUAUAAAGGGCAAUCUGAAAAGGCAUGUGUGAGGAAAAGGGAUGCUGACAGAAGGGCAAAGUCUUCCACUCCAGAUGCUUCUGGGAGACUAAGGCAUGAUGUGGACAGACGACCAAGCAGGUCCAGCCACUCUUCAAAAGAAGAGGUGAAUUCUGAGGAGUAUGGCUCAGAUCGUGAAACAGGUAGCAGUGGGUCCUCUGACCCAGGAAACACUGAGAAUGAGGAGGAGGAGGAGGAGGGAAUGGAGGAGGAGGAGGAGGAAGAAGAAGAAGAUGACGAUGGAGAAGAGGAGGAAGAAGUGGAAGAAGAUGGAGAGGAAGAUGAAGAUGAUUAUGAUCAAGAUGAAAGAGAUCAAAAGGAGGGAAAUGAUUAUGAUACGCGAAGCGAAGCUAGUGAUUCUGACUCUGAAUCUGCAUCCUUUACUGAUGGGUCAGUCCGAUCUGGUUCAGCCUCAGAUAUAUCAGAUGAAAAAAAGAAGGCAAGGAAAAGAGCUAGAGGCAUCUCUCCAAUUGUUUUUGAUAGAAGUGGAAGCUCUGCAUCAGAGUCCUAUGCAGGUUCAGAAAAGAAGCAUGAGAAAUUAUCAUCUUCCGUUCGUGCUGUCCAAAAAGACCAAACUAGCAAACUUAAAUACAUUCUCCAAGAUGCAAGAUUUUUUCUUAUCAAAAGUAACAACCACGAAAAUGUCUCACUUGCCAAAGCUAAGGGUGUUUGGUCAACCCUACCAGUCAAUGAGAAAAAGCUUAAUGCAGCCUUCAGAUCAGCAAGGAGUGUUAUCUUAAUAUUUUCUGUGAGAGAAAGUGGAAAAUUCCAAGGAUUUGCAAGGCUUGCUUCUGAAUCGCAUCAUGGAGGAUCUCCCAUACAUUGGGUGCUGCCUGUGGGAAUGAAUGCAAAAAUGCUGGGAGGCGUGUUUAAGAUAGAUUGGAUAUGCAGGCGUGAAUUGCCAUUCACGAAAUCUGCUCACCUGACGAAUCCUUGGAAUGAACAUAAGCCAGUAAAGAUUGGACGUGAUGGACAGGAAAUCGAGCUUGAAUGUGGAACCCAGCUUUGUCUUCUAUUCCCUCCUGAUGAAAGUAUUGACUUGUAUCAAGUCAUUCAUAAAAUGCGGCACAAGAGAAGAAUGCACUCGCAGCCCCGGUCAAGAGGACGGCCAUCCCGCCGAGAGCCGCUCCGAGACGUGGGAAGGCGUCGACCAGAGGAUUAUGAUAUUCAUAACAGCAGAAAGAAACCAAGGAUUGAUUAUCCCCCUGAGUUUCACCAAAGACCAGGGUACUUAAAGGAUCCCAGAUACCAAGAUGUAGACAGACGGUUUUCAGGAGUCCGGAGAGAUGUCUUUUUAAAUGGGUCCUACAAUGAUUAUGUGAGAGAAUUCCACAAUAUGGGGCCGCCGCCACCCUGGCAAGGAAUGCCUCCUUACCCAGGUAUGGAACAGCCUCCACAUCACCCUUAUUACCAGCACCACGCUCCUCCUCCACAAGCUCACCCUCCUUACUCAGGGCACCAUCCCAUCCCACAUGAUGCACGAUAUAGGGAUAAGCGAGUGCAUGACUAUGACAUGAGGGUAGAUGACUUUCUGCGUCGGACACAAGCAGUUGUCAGCGGCCGAAGAAGCAGGCCCCGAGAGAGGGAACGAGAUCGUGAGCGGGAUCGACCCCGAGACACCAGAAGAGACAGAGAUCGGGAUCGGGGCAGGGAGAGGGAGCGAAUAUGUGAUCGGGACAGAGACAGAGGAGAAAGAGGAAGAUACAGAAGAUAAUGUAAUGUGAAAUUGCAGUCACUUAAAGAAGCAAAGGCUUGUAUAUUUGUGUGUUUACAGGUAGUAAACUUUUAUUUUCCUCUGUCAACCUACCCUAUUGUGCAGAAGGAUUUCUAACUGACCCUCUUUGUUUCAAGCAUGCAGUAAGCUGUGAACUGGAAAAUCCCAUCUGCCAAAAAAUACAUGCGAAGCUUGACCCUUGAGUUGAUUACUUUCAUUUGAGCAGUUUUUGCAAAAACAGUUUAAAGAAUGUAGAUAGAUUGUCCCUAUGUGUUCAUCUUAACAGUAAUUUAAUCUUUGAGUACCAAUUGGUAACUGCCAUGAUAUUUUUGCUCUGAUGGUUUCUGACUUGUAGUUUUUACAUGAUUCUGUGGGGGGGUGGGAAAUGCUGCUAUCAAGUAUGCAAAUACUGAGUGUGAUAGAGUGGCUGUAGGGCAGAGUUGGAGCAGCCACCUCUUGGUUUUUCUGGGGUUUUUUUUAACCUUCUGUAAGAGUCAAGCUUGUUCAAUAAUGAAAGCAAUAUUAAGAUGAUGAUAUUGAUACCUAAUUUUUAACCUUUUAAAAAGAGUGUUCCUAUGUUCUGGUGGCAUUUGGUCAAUGCUGUUGUUUAAUCGCCUCUCCUGCUUCUUUGUUUCUCCUGUAAUGUCCACAUUGUUUAGAAUGUCCACCACGUCUGUGUGUGUGUGUGAGCACAAAUAUUGCUGUAUUCUACAUUGCUACCUUUUUUUAUAAUAAACUGGUAACAGUCAA